AUGCGGAACAAAGAAGUAACCUUGUGCUUACUUCCAGGAAAGGCGGUGACUGGUUAUGUGAUCAGGAACGGCAAGUGGAUCAAUAUUGGUAAACACAAUCCUCUCGAGCCACAGAUGUUCUACCCCGCCAAGAAGGGUGUUUCGAUCGUCCAGGGAGACAUUCUGGCUGCCCGAUGUACCAUGAAGAACUUCAGGGACAGGGAUACCUACGUUGGUUCCACAGGUAACGACGAGAUGUGCAACUUUUACAUGAUGUACUAUGUGGAAGGGGACUCGAUCUUGGAGAGAGACGCAUGUUUUUCAAUGGGACCCCCCGAAUACUCCUGGAGGACGGACCCAAUGAUGAGGAAGCUGAUCAACAACAAGAUCGAUAAAGAUGCCAGCAAACUCGAUUGA